AUGGAUUCAACAGAUUAUAAGAUAUUACAAUAUCAAUAUGGUAUAUAUAAAUUGAAUAACUACCUAAGUAUUAAUUAUAAUGAUUUACCAUUACUAAAUUAUAUUGUUGCUUUAUCACCAAAUGUUUUUGCUAUAAAUUCAUCAUUUGAAUCAAGAUUAGAUUCGUUAUCAAAUUUUAAAUUAAUUAAAAAUACAACUAUAAAUAUAACUAGUAAUUCUCAUAUACCUUAUGAUAUACCUGAUAUACAAAUAAUUGCAUUGGAUGAAUUACCAAGUAUUGAUAUUGCAAAAAAAUGCGUAAGGCAAUUUGAAUCAUUGGCAAAUAUGUGUUUACAAGGUUAUAAAAAAAGAUUAUCAAUAGCUAAAGGAGAAGAAGAAAAUGGAUUAAUUAAAGUGAUAUUUAAAGAUGAUUUUGAUUUACAUCCGGAAACAUUUACUUUUGAAUUACCAAAAACUGAAAUUAAUGAAAUAUUAUCGGAAUCUUGUUUAAUUGAUAUUGAUAUACAAGAAUUGUUUGUAAUAGUAAAAGGUAUUGAAACUCUGAUAAGUCAUUUAAAAUCAAUUAUUCCCAUUGAAUUAGAUCUACAUAAAUUAUUUUUAAUUAAUAUUAGACUUAAUGAAUUAUAUGCCAUACUAAGAAGGUUUGGUAGAAAACUAUUCCUUUCAAAUCAGUUACAUUUAAAUGAUUCAAAGUUAUUACAUCAUGCUAACCCCAAUUUUAAACAACAUUUAAAACUAAUGAAUGAUUAUUUUAAUUCAAUGAAGAAAAAUGGUUGUUUAAUUGCAAAUAUAACAAAAUUUUUAAGAAAUACAGAUCUAGCUAAAGAUCCUGCAUUGAUUAAAUUUACAAAUCAAGGUAUAACAAUUAUUGAAAAUACAAAUAAUACAUUAAAAGAAUUUGGUCAAAGUUGGAUCGUUGCAGAAUUAAAAUUUAGAAAAAUUUAUCAAUUACCAAAGGAUAAUUUAAUUUCAAUUUAUAAUAAAUAUACUGAUAAUAAAGUACCUGAAGUUAAAACAAGAUCAAGAUCAUCAUCAAAUUCAAGUAAUAAUAGUGCUAUAAUGAAAAGAAGUUCAAUUACGUCGCCAAAGAAAGAGAUAAAGACGAAGAUUGCACCACCAAAUUCAAUUGCUAGUUCGGGAGCAGCAGCUGCUUUAAAAAAAAAACCAAUACAAAAGAAUUCUCCAAGACCAUCACCCCAAAGUACAAGAAUAAACUCACCUCAAUCAACUCCAAAAAUUACAUCACCACAAUCAACUCCUAAAAUUACAUCACCACAAUCAACUCCAAAAGUUACAUCACCACAAUCAACGCCAAAGAUAACAUCACCAAUAACUACUCCCAAAAUAACUUCACCAGUUGGACUGAAAUUAAAUUCACCAGAACCACAAGAAAAGUCAUUAUCUGAAGAUAUAGAAAAACUUGAUAUCAAAGAACCUAAAUUAUCUGCAUCAAAACGAUUUCAGCAACAUUUUUCACAAGCUGCAAAAGCAGGAGAUGUUAAAAAGAAAUCAAUUCAAGUAUUUGAAAAAGUUUCAUAUGAUCCAUCAGUAAAUAAUCAAUUACCCAAAAAAUAUAUUGAAAUUACAAUUUCAAAAGAUUCAUUAACUAGAAAAAAUACAAAACAAAACACAAAUAUAGAUUUUGAAACAACUACAAUUUCAUCAGAAAGUUCAACAUCUAGUAAUUCAGUCAAUCUUAAAAAAGUAAGAUUUACUGGAGUACCAGAAUAUACAGAAGCAGAAGAUGCACCAACAAAAUAUUCUCAUGCAUUUUUAAGAAAUUUUGCCAUAUUUCGUAAUAAACCAUUAGCUAAAACUACAAAUUAUAACAAGAGUGAUCAAUUAUUAAAAGAAGAAAGUUUAUCAUUUAAAACUCAUCAUAUAGAUUAA